UAUUUUGAAAAUAGCGCCAAAAACGAUGGCGCAUUUUGCCUUGUCAGAUAAACGACGUCGUAGAAGUUGUACAUGCGCAGAUUUCUGUACACUCAUCGUCGUUGUUCUUCGGUUUCUCCCUUUGUUACGUGAUCAGGGUUUUGGAUUUCCCCUGUAACAUCCCAUUUCUCUUCUCCCGACCCAUGGAUUCUCUUGGUAAGCUGCAGCACUGCCACCAGUCCCUUCACCUUCUCGUCAACGGUGUCCCUUGGAUUUCAAAACCAAUUUCUUAUCUUAGCAUCAGAACCCCACUGCCGGUACCGUCGUCGUCGUCGUUGUACAAAUCGUCAUCUGUUAGAGCCUCGAAGCGAUCACCGUCGUUAUCCUUCGACUCGUUUUGUCAAGCUCCACGACGGCGUGGGCCUUCACUCCCCCAAAUUCUAGACCCCAUUUCCUCGUCGAUCCUCAAAACCACCUGCAUCACUUUUGCUGCCGCCGCCGCCACCUUGUUUUUUAUGCGGUUUUGCGCCAAACCUGCUAUUGCAGCCCCAAUUCCUCCGCCUACGGUGGAAUCUGUGAAGGAAUCAACGGAUGGUGAAGAAGAUAAAGAGAGGGCACUUGAAGAACAACUGGUACACAAUCCCAAUGAUGUUGAAGCUCUUGGAUCGCUCAUGGAGGUAAGAGUUAAGGCUCGCAAGUUUCCUGAAGCGAUUAAAAUUUUAGACCGUUUAAUUGAACUUGAGCCCGAUGACUUAGAAUGGCUAGUAUUGAAGGCCAACGUUUAUAUUCAUAUUGGCGAUUCUGAAUUGGCGAGAAAGGAAUUUGAGAGGAUUUUAUUGAAGGAUCCUUUUCAGGCUGAGGCCUAUCAUGGGCUUGUAAUGUUGACGGAGACAUCAGAUACUGAUUCAUUGAAGGCGAUUCUGAAUAGGGUUGAAGGGGCAUUAGAACAUUGCAAGAAACUUAAAGGGAAAUCGGAGGAAAGGGACUUUAAGCUCUUGAUAGCUCAAAUUAAAGUUAUGGAGGGUAGUUACUCUGAAGCACUGAAAGAUUACCAAGAACUAGAGAGGGAGGAGCCGAGGGAUUUUAGGCCAUAUUUGUGUCAGGGAAUUCUCUAUACUCUGCUUAAGAAGAAUGAUGAGGCUGAGAAACAAUUUGAGAUAUUUCGAAGGCUUGUUCCGAAGAACCAUCCCUACAAAGAAUAUUUUGAUGAAAACAUGUUUUCAACCAAGCAUUUCGUACAACAAAUUGAGAGGGAUGCAUCGACUUCAAAUCACUGACUGUCUUUUUCAUAUCUUCAGAGCUUUCUGGUUCUACAAUGAUGGUUUUGUUGCUUAGUUGCAAUCUAGCUCCACUUUUUGUCAUAUUUGGUUGAAAUUAAGGGAUGAGAGGGUAAAGAACAAGUGGAGGCUUGGAGACCAAGAAUUCCCCACAAGAUACGACACAAAGGAGCAGUGAAUGAAUUGGAAGGAAACAAAAGAAGCUUCAGUUGUCAUAUGUCCUAUCACUCUGUCCAUGUUUCAUGCACCACUGCAUGCUUACCCAUCCUUUUUAUUUCCCAAUAAAAUAUUUGUACCAAGUACUUUCAUGACAUGCAUUAUACUAGUAAUUUUUUCAUUUUCAUUUU